GUUAACCUUACCAUUAUAGAAUUUUAUCAGAGCACCUUUAGGCUCUCACUAGGCUAUGGAUUCAUUGGAAGCGGAGCAAAAUGGACCAUCAAGUGCCAGUGGAUCUGUUUUUCAGUGACUUUGCUGCGCGUCUAUCUAGACGUGGGUGACCUAGCUGCCAAGAAUGUACAGCAAUCAUACAGCAACCGGACGAGUGCUUGCAUGCUGCCACCAACACCACCACCACCAUCACGCCUGGAACCGAUUAAAAUAUUCUACUAGUCGAUCUCAAUCGACAAGCAGCUUUUACACCCCUGAUCAAUUUGUUGCCCAGCUGAACCAUAUUGUUCCCUGUUUUAAUCUUUUCGUACCAAUCUACCCCACCCCAGUUCAAUACAUCUUCUACUUCCUUAGUUAUUUCGUCUUGUCAACCUUUGUUAUGCCUCAAUUGUUUGAAGGAACUUGGGAGAAGCUGUCCCAAGUGGCUGUUAAGGGUGCUGAAUAUGACUCCCGCGAACGCCAACCCCAUCCCAAGUGUUUAGAAGGAACUCGGGUGGAACUUCUCAACUACAUCCACAGAUUAUCAGACACAAAAGAGGGGAGUAGACUCAUUUGGCUGCAUGGCACGGCAGGUGUCGGAAAGUCUGCAGUUGCGUUUACUGUAGCCGAAAAGAUGCGAAAUCUAAAAGUCACAGAACGGACGAAAAUCGAGAAGCGGCUCGCGGGCACGUUCUUUUUCUCCCGCAAGCACACCGAACGCUGCACGACUGGAUACUUUUUUGCGACGCUCGCAUACCAGCUUGCCUGCAAUUUUCCCAGCGUCCGGGAGGACUUGAACAGAAUCAUCCGCGAAAAUCCCGCUCUUCUAGAUGCCAACAAGUCUCUUCGUGAUCAGAUGGAGGGACUCUUUCUGAAACCUUUACGAAAGCUUCAAAUCAGACUGCGGGAGUGUCCGCCUUCAAUGUUCAUUAUUGAUGCACUUGAUGAAUGCGUGUCCGAAACUGAGGCCGCAGAUUUCAUCUCCCUACUCGCCAACGCUCUUCGAGAACCCGAUUUACCCAUAAUCCAUAUCCUACUCACGAGUCGCUCAGAAUCGUAUAUCCGCGAAGCCAUU